AUGGCGACUGUGGCUCAGACGCUUCAAAGCUCGGGCCCGGCCGCGUCCCUCGAGGACCAGACGCUGCUCAUCUUUGCGCGUCUGAUGGAGGGCGGCCAGGAGGAUGAAGAGACCUGUAGAGACCUGGACGCGCUGACCAAGCUGCUCAACGAUGAUGCCAACGCUCAGCAGAAGAACAAGGAGCACAAGUCCAUCUGCAAGCUCAUCGACAGCGAUUGCGUCGACACCAUCCUGUGCUAUCUGGACAUGCGCCAGCCCGAGAUUGUCCGCGGCCACGCUACUCUGACGACAUCGGCCUACCUGAGGGCUGCCGACGAGCAGGGCUCCAAGAACUUGUCCGCCUUCUUCUUUGAUCGAGUCAAGAGAGGCACGUACGACGACUACAUCGUGGCCUUUUGCGUGGCGGCGGCCAUCUUCCCCAUUGUUCCGGAUCUCUCCGCCGAGCUGUUUCUCAAUGAAGGAUUUCUCGUUUCACUGGGCCCCUUGAUGAGGAGGAAGUGGAAGAGCAGAAAGGUGGAGACUGCGUGCUUGGAAAUGCUCAACGCUUCUUGCAUGAACUCUGCGUGCCGAGAGGCCAUACAAAAGUACUGCGUCGAGUGGCUCGAGGAGGUGGUUGACCAGGAUCUGGAUGGAGAGGUUCGCAGUAUGAAUGCGGACCCCAACGUCCAUAGCGAGGGCGGCUCCAUCAAUAUGAGGAAGCAUUCCGAGCAGGUUCAGCACCUGGCCGCCGUCAUUCUGGCCAAGCUCAGGGUCGUGCCGUCGAACCCAGCGACCAAGGACCCAAAUCAGUCUAGGAUCGAGACAGCGGUCACGAGCAUUGAAGAUUUAUCCGGCAUGUUUACCAAGAUGAUUUUGCGUGACGAGGAUCACGGAAGACAGCAUUCUAUAGAGGGCCUUGCCUAUGCAUCUCUUCAACCAAAGAUUAAGGAGUCAAUCGUUAACAACCCCGAACUACUAAAGAAACUCGCCAAAACGCUCAAGGACGCACCACCCCGAUCUCCAAUGACAUAUGGAGCUCUUAGCAUCUUUCUCAACCUAACUCGAUAUCGACCCUCUCUUACUGAAGAGGAAAAGAAGAUGUCUCAACUCAAGGCUUACGCGGACGCGGCUGGCAAGCUAGCUCCCCCAGACGCUCUAGAUGACGAUGAUCACGUCACCAAGAGGUGCAAGGCUGUCUUCGAUGUCGGCCUCACACCCAUCCUUGUUACACACAGCAAGAACGGAUCCCCAGCAUCAAUAACCAUUAUUAUAUCCAUAAUUCACUCAUUCGCAAUGACAAAGGCGCUUCGCGGCCCCUUGGCUCAGCAGGGAGCCCUUAGCAUGCUAUUGGCCGCAUGGACGGCUCUUCCAGAAACCGAAGCGACUGGCCGUCGCAUGGCCGCCCAGGCAAUUGCUCGCAUCCUCAUCAGCACCAAUCCUACUCUUGUAUUCGGUGGCAAUCGUUCCAGCUCAGCCAUUGCUGCCAUCCGACCCCUGGCUUCCAUUCUCCCCCCCGAUCCCGCAGCUGACAGACGAGACUUGCUUCCCACCUUUGAGGGCCUCAUGGCACUUACCAACUUGGCUUCCAUGGAAGAUGAGGAUAUUCCUCGUUCCAUUAUCACCAUCGCAUGGGGCCAAAUCGAGGAGCAGAUGCUGUCUUCCAACGACCGCGUGUCUCAAGCAGCGGUUGAGCUGGUUUGCAACCUGAUGCAAGCACCAGAGGGCAUAGCGCUUUACGCAGAUGGCAAUCCACAAGCCAAGAACCGAAUCCACAUACUCCUAGCAUUGGCAGACGCCGAAGAUGCAGGCACGCGUAGCGCAGCAGGUGGUGCCUUAGCUUCCUUGACAGGCUACGAGAGUGUGGCGAAAUUGGUCUUGCAAAGAGAAGGUGGCAUCAAGGUCAUUCUAGGGAUGUGCACGGACGAGGACGAGGGGUUGCGGCAUAGAGGCGUGGUCACGCUCUACAACAUGGUCGCCGGAGAGGUGGAAGUUUGCCAGCUCGCGCGGGACAAGGUCAAGGAGGCGGAUGGGAUCGAGGCGCUGAAGCAAUCUCUCAAGUUGACUAGGAGGCCGGAGGUUCUGCAGCUCACGGUUGAGACGUUGAAGGCGCUUUUGGGACAGGAGUAG